UCAAAUCUAAAACCCUAAUAAGGUGGCCUAAACCCCGUGCUUCUCAAGCCAGGCAACUCGCAACUUCAUCUUCUAGACUUCUACCAAGAACUCACCAGCCAGAGUUGCUUCGCUUAAACGGACUCAAGUCUUUUCUCGAUGUUGAAUCGCUUGAGAUUAAAUUUCCGGUCUAUUCGUCUAAUCUCUGAAACUAUCACGGAAAUCAUAUCAGUGAGCAGAUCAUGCCAUACCAGGAGUGUCAGUAAGACUACUCUGUUUUCGAAGAUCAGUCCUCUCGGACAACCUGGCUCCAGUGUCCUUCCGGAGCUCGACAAAUGGGUCGAAAAUGGGAAGAAGAUUGGAGCAGCCGAGCUCCAACGCAUCGUUCGCGCUCUCCGCAAGCGCAGAAGAUUCACACACGCACUAGAGAUAUCUGAGUGGAUGGGUAACAAAGGUAUUUGUAAAUUUUCAUCAAGGGAGCAUGCUGUGCAGUUGGAUCUAAUUAGUAGGGUUCAUGGGCUCCAAGCUGCUGAAAGCUACUUCAACAAUUUGGAUGAUCAAGAUAAGACUGAGAAGACCUAUGGUGCUCUUUUGAACUGUUAUGUUAGAGAAUGCUUGGUUGAUAAAUCUUUGUCCCAUUUUCAGAAGAUGAAGGAGAUAGGCUUUCCUCCAUCCUGUCUUACAUACAAUGAUCUCAUGUCUCUAUACGUAAAAAUGAGCCAGUAUGAAAAAGUCCUCGAUGUGCUGAUCGAGAUGAAGGAGAACGGAGUCUCCCCUGACAACUUCAGCUACAGAAUCUGCAUCACCUCAUACGGGAUGAGAUCUGAUCUUAAUGGAAUGGAGAAGCUUCUAGAAGAAAUGGAAAGCCAAUCCCACAUCACCAUGGACUGGAAUACAUAUUCCAUGGUGGCCAGUUUCUAUAUAAAAGCAGGUAUUAUUGACAAGGCAAUUAGUGCCCUUAAGAAAUCAGAAGAGAAGCUAGAUAAGGAUGGGCUUGGCUACAAUCAUCUGAUCUCACUCUAUGCGAGUGUUGGGAAUAAAAAUGAGGUAAUCAGGUUAUGGUGUCUUGAGAAAGCUGCUUGUAAGAGGUAUAUUAACAGAGACUAUAUUACGAUGCUGGGAUCACUCAUGAAGCUUGAUGCAUUUGAAGAAGCUGAAAAGUUGUUAGAGGAAUGGGAGUCAUCUGGUAACUGUUAUGAUUUUCGAGUGCCAAACACUGUCCUUGUUGGGUAUUGUCAGAAAGGGUUAUCUGAGAAGGCGGAGACAUUGCUUAAAAGCAUAGAAACGAGAGGUAAGACUCCAAUUCCUAACAGUUGGGUGAUAGUAGCAGUGGGAUAUGAAGGUAAAGGUGAGAUUGAGAAGACCAUGGAGUGUAUGAAAAAAGCUUUGUCGUUGUCUUUGCAAGUGGGUAAUGAGAACUGGAGGCCGAACCCUAAAGUGAUUAAAUGCAUAUUGAAUUGGCUUGGUGAUGAAGGUGAUGUAAAAAGUGCAGAAGCCUUUGUAAGCUUGUUGAGGAUGGUAAUCCCUAUGAACAGGGAGAUGCACCAUGCCUUGAUCAAGGCAAAUAUCAGAGGAGGAAAGGAAGUGGAUGAGCUUGUACAAACCAUGAAAGAUGAUGGGAUAGAUGAAGAUUUGGAAACAAAGAAGAUACUGAGCUUAAGACAAGAGCAACCAAAAUGAUCAAAGGAUGUUAAUCUAUGUUUCUGCUGAAGCUCUAAUAGUUUAAACCCCCUCUAUAGCGCUCUAAAGCAUAGGUAUUGUGUUGUCUUGGUCAUGGAAUCAGUUGUCAGGGGAGGUUGGGAUUAUAGAGACUGUUUUAUUUAUACCUUGGAUGUGAUACCACUCUUUUAUUUGAAAUGUCCUCUACUAACUAAGGAUCAAUUGGUCCCCCAUACACUUCAAUUAAUUUGUGAUCUAUUUUUAGUUUUUGGAGAUACAAUAAUCCUUGGACUAUUGGAAU